UCACAUAAAAACAUAACAGAAAAUAUGAGACGGUCUUGUAAUUUAUAGAAUUGAUUCAUUUUCGCUUUCUCUCGUUUUUUUCCUUUCUUUCUACAGCGCGAAUAUAUAUACUUGUUUCUUGUUUCAUUUUAAGCAUUUAAGAAAGGUGCAAACAGGCCUACUGUCAAUCAAUCAGCUGAUGAGAGAUAAUGCCAAACGAAUCAUGCGACGAUCACGUCACGCAUGGCAUUGAAAAUUGACAGCUGAUAAGCCGGAAACACAUGCUUUUGGAUCAUAUCGAUGUUCAUUAAAUGGCUCGCUAUAUGCGAAUUGAAUAUGAAAAUAAUAAUUAUAUAUAAUGUUUUAAUCUCAAGUUAAAAAAAUAAUAAUUCAAGACAAAAUUAAUCUACAAUUCUCUGCGUAGCGUAAUGAAACAUGCAGGCUUCAUUAUCGACUCAAACAAUUGGCUGUAUUGGAAAAUGUACAACUGGUUUGACAGUUGAGGAGUUAGAUCAAAUUACAGAUAAUAUAAAUAAAACUUUAUCUCAUCCAAAAGGCAGACAAAUUUUUGAAAGAUACCUUCAAAGGCGCAAUCUUCAAAGUAGUCUGGAAUGUUUGGAAUUAUAUAAAACUUGUUCAGAGUUUCUUGCUAAGGAAUUGACUCAAUCAAAAUCAAAGGAUUCUGAUUUAGAAUCUUUAACUAUAGAUGUGACAAUAGUGAGGGAAAUUGCCGAAGAUCUAGAUGGUGUUCCACAAAUAGACAUGGCACUUAUGGAACGAUUUAACGAGGCCUUAACAAACAAGACCAGAGAAGCAUUACUUACUGUAUUGGAAGAUACGCGAGACCGAUCGCGAGAUUAUUUAAGAAACGUACACCAAAGUUUUAAACAAUACAUUUCAGAACCAUGCCCAAUAACGAAAUAGUAUAUUAAACAUGUCCACAUAAGAGUUUUAAUAUUUAUAUUGCUUUGUUAUAAUAUUUGCACUGUAAAGAUUUAUGAUGUACAUUUUUAUUUUUCAUACAUGAUGAGUGUACCUCCAUUCAUAUACCAUUUAUACAGUACUUGCUGUCCAAAGAUAUAUUUAAUAGCAAAGGAUACUGUGUGUAUGUGUGUGUGUAUGUAGAAUAGAAAUGUUCAAAACAUCAAAAAAAAUAAAUUAAGGCGGCAGAGUUAUGUUAUAAAGAAUAUUAUACAGAGCACAAUACGAUUAACGAUAAUAAAAGCUUUGAAUUACUUAAGAUACUAUAUUUUACAAUCACAUAAAAUACAGAAGGUUAAUAAAACAAUAUCGUUAACAAGAACGAAUCUUUAA